AUGUCCCGAAUCGAUUCGAUUCGGAUUACCCCGAUUCGAUCGCCCGUAUUACCGCGGGGUAUGUGCCACGUCUGCCGCGUCUCGCCCGGGGAGAAAUGGCAGGUUGAUAACAUCCACUGUGGGAGCUUUUACAUCCCUGUGUAUUUUCUCAGUGUUGGCUUGAUGCAAAGUGAUUCCCUUCAAGCGUCGAAGGAGAAUUUGAUGGCUGAGUGGUGGACGACUUACGUGACUUGCACUGGCUUUUGGGUACCAUUUAUGUGCGCGAAUUGGCGCUUCUGCCCUGCCGCGCACCGCGUGAAAGCGAUGCAGACGGCCAACUUAUUUUGGAAUGUCAUCAUUGACCACUUGGCUCAUCGUGAAGAGGUCCACGAGCAUGCUCACCACGAGGAGUGA